AUGGAACUAAUGGUCCUAAAACCAUCUUUUGCCAAGAAACUAAACGAGGAUGGGUUUAGUCCGUUACAUCUUGCUGUCGAGAACAAGCAAGCUGAGUUAGCACUAGAGCUAGUCAAGUUUGAUCCUAGUCUUGUUCGUAUUCGUGGAAGAGGAGGUAUGACAGCAUUGCAUCUUGUGGCAAAGGAAGGUGACGUCGAUCUUCUCACAGAGUUUCUUCAAGCAUGUCCUGAGAGCAUUAGAGAUGCGAAUGCAAAUGGAGAAACUGCUUUACACAUAGCAGUCAUGAACAAAAAAUAUGAAGAGCUCCAAGUCCUCACUGGGUGGAUGCAAAGAAGGCGCAAAAGUGAUGAUGGCUACAAUGAGGAUCACGUCAUGAACAAACGUGACCGUAAAGGCAACACGGCCUUGCACCUAGCGGCGUACGAGAAUGAUCACAAGGCAGUCAAACAGCUGUUGAAAUGCAUGUCUUUGAACCGAAACAUCAAGAACAAAAUAGGUAUGACAGCCCUUGAUGCCUUACGAGCCAGUGGCUCUCACAACAUGAACAAAGCUACUGAGAAAAUCAUAAUAAGCAGGUGGGUAAGACUGGUGAAUCUCUAUCCGAAAGCGAGAAAUGUCUGUCUUCUUGAGAAAACCGGUCACUUUCCGGGAGUAUUGCUCAACGGGUAUGGCACGUUACAGGAGCCGCAUGUCAGACGGAGCAAGAAACUCUCUUCUAGUGAUAACAGCUCUGAUCAUCACAGCUACUUAUCAGACAGCAUCACAACCUCGUUUCUAUUGUCCAUUGCCUUGACGUUUAUACUCUUACCAGUUGGUAGAGCAUACACUUGGUGGUAUAUCUUCAUCACGGUGCCUCUCGUAUGCUCUUACGUGAUUUCCGUGUACAAAAAGUAUUCUCCAUCAAUAUUCUUCUACAUGUAUGUGAUCGUUGCAUUGGGAUUUCUCAUAUACAUGCUUGUGUUCUACGUGAGGUGGAAGCGUACCACACAGAAGAAAGCACCAAAUCCCAAAACCGAGCUGGUUUCUGAAGGCUCCAAGAGGACCAUGGUUUAG